CUGCGUGCCAUCCUCGCCGCCACCUUCGACUCAGACCACCGCGCCUUUGUCCUCGACGACACCUCCUCCCCCGACACCCAGCGCAUCCUCGCCGCCCUGGACGUCGACUCGCGCGGCUGUCUCUUCGCGCAGGCCAUCGCUGGCAUUGUCAGCGUCCUGCGCCCCAUCGCCGCCUGCCUGCCCCCUCUCUCAGAGGAGGCCGUCGCCGCGAGGCUGCAGCAUUUCGCAGAGAGCGACAAGAGGCGGGCCAUGCUUGCGGCUGUGGAGACAAGCCCCGUGUGGUCGGACUGUUUCGAGAAGGCCCAGAUUGGGCGGCUGAUCAUGCGCGCGAUGAAGAAGGACGCUGCGACGGCGACGGUGUCUGUGGUGGAGGUGGAUGAUAUCUACAACGAGCCUGCGUUUAACGACGGGCCGCACCCAACACGGAACCUGGGUGUUCCUGAUGUGUUUACGAUCCUGGCGCUCAACUAA